UGUCCCCCUGUCCCCGUGUCCCCCCGUCUGUCCCCCUGUCCCUCUGUCAUCACGCCCCCAUUCGCCCCCCCCAUUUGUCCCCGCGUUGUCCAUAUGAAGCCAUGGCUCCUCCCCGCCCCCAGGGGGCGCUGUGGGCUCGGCCGCACCUCCCGGAAGUGAUGCCCUCUUUGGUCAGCCGGAUCGGAUCGAACCAAGUGCUGUUGGCAGGGGGGGGUUUGAUCAUUUGGACCCGCGUUCCGGCUGGGAGAAGCAUCAGAGAACAUUAUGGAGGUGUAAAACAAUGAUAAAAGGAGAUAAAUAGGUGCGAUACGGGAUUAAUCCGCGGAGUUCCUACAGGAGGUGGGAGGAGGAACAACAACACCCCCCCCCCUCAAACAACGCCGUGGGCCGCUCCGUCCACACAGCGCCCGGCGGAUGGUGGGAACCGCGCGCAGAAGCUCCCGCGGCCCCCGCAGCCGCAGCGCCGCCAUGAACUGCCGUGCUGAGGUGCUGGAGGUGUCGGUGGAGGGCAGGCAGGUGGAGGAGGCCAUGCUGGCUGUGCUGCACACCGUCCUGCUGCACCGCAGCACCGGCAAGUUCCACUACAAGAAGGAGGGCACCUACUCCAUUGGCACCGUUGGCACUCAGGAUGUGGACUGUGAUUUCAUUGAUUUUGCCUACGUUCGGGUCUCUUCUGAGGAGCUCGACCGGGCCCUGCGUAAAGCUGUGGGGGAGUUUAAGGUGGGGAGAUGGGGGUAA